AUGUUCAAGCUUGCCCGCAGCAAACCGGUUACCGCGGCCUUGAGAGCUGCGACGGAAUCUUCCGUUCAGUCCCGCCUGGGCCAGCAGCAGAGAAACCUCUCCAUCCACGAAUACCUGUCCGCGAACUUGCUCAAGUCGUAUGGCGUCGGAAUGCCCAAGGGUGAAGUCGCCCGCUCCGCAGAGGAAGCUGAGGCUGUUGCCAAGUCCCUCGGUAACGAUGAUAUGGUCAUCAAGGCUCAGGUUCUCGCUGGUGGCCGUGGCAAGGGUACUUUCAGUAACGGUCUGAAGGGUGGUGUGCGCGUGAUCUACUCGCCUACCGAGGCAAAGAUGUUCGCUGGACAGAUGAUUGGAGAGAAGCUCAUCACCAAGCAGACUGGUGCUGCCGGUCGUCUUUGCAACUCCGUUUACAUCUGUGAGCGCAAAUUCGCUCGUCGCGAGUUCUACCUCGCCGUUCUCAUGGACCGUGCUACCCAGGGUCCUGUCAUUGUCGCCUCGUCUCAGGGUGGUAUGGAUAUUGAAGCUGUCGCUAAGGAGAACCCCGACGCCAUCCUUACUACUCCUAUCGAUAUCAAGGUCGGCGUUACCGACGAGAUCGCCACGAAGAUCGCUACCGAGCUUGGUUUCUCUGAGCAAUGCAUUGACGAGGCCCGCGACACUAUCCAGAAGUUGUACAAGGUUUUCAUGGAGAGGGAUGCCACCCAGAUCGAGAUCAACCCCCUCUCCGAGACUUCUGACCACAAGGUCAUGGCCAUGGAUGCUAAGCUGAACUUCGACGACAACGCCGAAUUCAGACAGAAGGAGGUCUUCGAGUGGAGAGACACCACCCAAGAGGACGCUGAUGAGGUCAAGGCUGCUACACACGGCUUGAACUUCAUCAAGCUUGACGGUGACAUUGGAUGCUUGGUUAACGGUGCUGGUCUGGCCAUGGCCACCAUGGACAUCAUCAAGCUUAACGGCGGUAACCCUGCCAACUUCCUCGACGUCGGUGGUGGUGCCACCCCGGCUGCUAUCAAGUCCGCCUUCGAGCUUAUCACCAGCGACCCUAAGGUGACUGCCAUCUUUGUCAACAUCUUCGGUGGUAUUGUCCGUUGUGACGCUAUCGCCCAGGGCUUGAUCAACGUCGUGCAGGAGAUGGGCCUGCGUACCCCCAUCGUUGCCCGUCUUCAGGGCACCAACAUGGAGCAGGCGAACAAGCUGCUCAACGACUCUGGCCUCAAGAUCUUCUCCAUUGAGGAUCUCCAGAGCGCUGCCGAGAAGUCGGUUCAGUUCUCCAAGGUCGUCAAGUUGGCCCGCGAGAUUGAUGUCGGUGUUGAGUUUACUCUUGGUAUCUAA